AUGGAUUUUGAAGGGGCAUGGCAGGCGUUGUUUCAACUAACUGCACAACAGUAUGAACUACUUUCGGAAGCAUCCACAAGCAUUCGAAUAAUUUCCAAUGUUUUGCUUACGCUAACCGAACGAGGCAGCAAACAAUCAACAAUCGCUGGGAAAAAAUCCCCAUUUGAACAGCUUUCAUCGUUUUUUUUCCACCAUUACCAUAUCAACGGCUACAUGACUAUAGUAUGA